AUGAAGUUUUACAGCUGCCUGCUGAUCUUACUGGAAAAUUUGGCGACUGGAGCAGCUGUUAUACAGUCAUCAACAUAUGACGAUUUGUAUGCUGAAAGAGCUAUCGAUGGCAGACUAGAUUCACCGUGCACAGAAACUGUUAAUGGGAGUGACCCAUGGUGGAGACUGGAUCUGCAGGCCAUAUAUCAUAUAAACAGCAUUGUCAUUACAAACGUUUUGUACUGCUGUGCAGAUCGAAUUAACGGAGCAGAGAUUCGCAUUGGAAACUCUUUGGAGAACAACGGCAACAACAAUCCACUAUGUGCUGUUAUAACUAGUAUCGCAUUAGGUCAGCCCCACACCUACAAAUGUUCUGGAAUGGAGGGACGUUAUCUGAAUGUGUUUAUUCCUGGAAAUGACAAGGUCCUGUCUAUGUGUGAGGUGGAGGUCUUUGGAGGUAAAUCUAAAAAUUUGGCAUCAGGAGGAGGUGUUAUACAGUCAUCCACAUCUUCCAGUGGAUCUGCUGAGAAGGCUAUUGAUGGCAAACUAGAUACCUUCACAGAAAGCCUUUCUGAGAGUAACCCAUGGUGGAGAGUGGAUCUGGGUUAUACGUACCGUGUGGAAAGUGUUGUCAUCAGUAACAGAGUAGACUGCUGUUCAGACCGAAUCAAUGGAGCAGAGAUUCACAUCGGCAACUCUUUGGACAAAAAUGGCAACAACAAUCCACUAUGUGCUGUUAUUUCUGGUAUUCCAGCAGGUCAGUCCUACAUCUACUCAUGUGGUGGGAUGGUGGGACGAUACGUCAAUGUGUUUCUUCCUGGGGCUGGGAAGAUUCUUAAUCUAUGUGAGGUGGAGGUUUAUAAGGAAGAAAAUUUGGCACAAGGAGCAGCUGUACUGCAGUCAUCAACAUGGUUCAUUAACUAUGCUGAAAAAGCUAUUGAUGGCAAACUAGAUUCAACAUGUGCAGGAACUAUAUAUGGGAGUAACCCAUGGUGGAGACUGGAUCUGGGUGCCGUGCACUGUAUAGACCGGGUUGUCAUUACGAACAAUGUUGACUGCUGUCCACAACAGAUAGUGGGAGCAGAGAUUCACAUUGGAAAAUCUUUGGAAAACGACGGAAACAACAAUCCACUAUGUGCUGUUAUUUCUGGUAUUCCAGCAGGUGAGUCCUACACCUACAAUUGUUUUCUAAUGGAGGGACGUUAUGUGAAUGUGUUUCUUCCUGGAAAUGGGAAGACCCUUUCUAUGUGUGAGGUGGAAGUCUUUGCAGAUCGCUGUGUUAAAAGGUCUAUGAUAAAGAUGAAGUUUAGCUCCAGUGCUGAUUUGACUGAAACUACAGUGAAAAACAAUCUACUGAAACAGUUGGAAACUGCUCUGGAUAACAGCGGAUUAAAAAAUGUGACAGUGCAGUGGUCGCAAGACCCUGUGGAGGAAAUUAUCAUGGUGAAAGAUGAAAUACGUGAGUCUGUUCUCACAAACACAUUCAAUAACAUCAUUUCUGUUUGUGUAUGCAUAUUUACUUUGAAAAAACAGUGCAAUGUCAUUACAAAAAUUUUUUAUUUUACAGCUUGCAGUGCCGGAAAUUAAUCCUGGGAAUUUACGCUGUUCUAUAAAAGUUAAAUGCAAAUUUAAUUGACAUUACAUAAGAUGCCUUUUGUCCCUUUGAAUAAAAAUCAUAAUGUACUGUAAGAUUUCAAAGAUUUCAUCUCUGCUUGCUUUACUUUAUCCUGUAAUAUCUGAAUAAAACUUUCAGCUAUUUAUAAUGUCAACAUAUCAUUAGAUGGUUGAAUUAGGUAUAAAACUUUUUUUAAUAUUAAUAAUUAAUCAAUUAAUAAAUGUAUUUAUUUAUUAUGAAAUCAUUUCACUCUGCAGAUAUUAUAAAAUAGUCACUGAGA